AUGACCCUUUCGCCCGCGACUUCUGGACCUUUUCCCCUGAGGGUCCACGGCAGGGCGGGGAGGAGCCAGCUGAGUCCCCAGAUGGAUCCUCAGCUCAGGGGUGCAGCAACGCCCCGACUUUACGCCCUGUUCCUGCCGUCGGGACUGCUGGCCUGCAUGCAUUGUACCCCUGACUGCUUGGUGUGGCAGGCUGGCAGCAAUGCCGUAUUGGUUGGUGUGUGUCGGAGGUGUGCGCUUUGGCCAGCGUGCGGGCAUCCAGGUGAUGUCAACCUUGCAGGUCUGCAGGAAUAG